AUGCCAGAAGAACCAACCGACUCGCCCCCGGCGCCUCCUUCAGGCCGAGGCAAGCAGCUCAGCAGGUUCCAAGAAGCCGCCUUGAUAAGGAUCUCCAAGGAGCGCCAGGGAAUCAACCCAUUCAUCAAGCACAGAAAGGCCUUUUGGGUUGGGAUAUCCAAGCUACUUGAGAAAGAGACUGGCCGCGUCUACUCGUGGCAGUCGUGCCGGCGACGCAUAAUCGCCUGGGAAUCCACCUUCCUAGGGGCUCCGCACACCCACAAGCCGAAGCCGCCUUAUUCCCCUCGCGAUGAACUUGGCCAAGAGGCCACUCCCACUCCCGUGACUGCUCAGGAGAGUAGCAUUAUCACCUCGGUCGAAGAGAGUGACGAUGAGCUGCUGCCCGAAGCACCCGUCAUCUUCCAACGUGGUUUCGGCGUCCGUCUUCAAGCCCGUCAGAAAAGGACAGAGAACGCGCUGCGCAGUGACAUUCUCGGCAUGGUCCGAAACACCAUGGACAGCGUUGCGUCUCAGAUCGAUUACUUGACCGAUGUUCUCACCGACGACGUAAAUGACUGUGAAGGUGUCAGGGCCGCACUUCUGAACCUCCAGAAUGAAGUCGCCCAAGCAGUGGAAAAUUAUGAGGAUACUAAUGGUAUGCAUCCACAGAAAUAA